AUGGCCGCUCUCGCGUCAGCCGCCCGCUCGAGGCGCCGGCUCCUCCCCUACCUCAGCCGCCUCCUCCACUCCGCCUCCACCACCGCCGUCUCCCCGUGGCCCUCCACCAGCCGCUUCCUCCGCCACGCCUCGCCGGUGCCCCGCACCCCUGACCACUCCCCGUACCUCCGGUUCCCCGCCGCGCGCGUCUCCACGCUCCCCUCGGGCCUCCGCAUCGUUACGCAGGCCUACCCGGCCGCCACACGGAUGGCCUCCGUCGGCGUCUGGGUCGAUGCGGGGAGCCGCUUCGAACUCCCUGGAACCAACGGGACCGCGCACUUCCUCGAACACAUGGCCUUCAAGGGCACCCGGCGCCGGCCCAACGCGCAGGCGCUCGAGGCGCGCCACGUUCCGGCGGCGCUAGACGUCCUCAGCGACAUCCUACAGCACCCGCGAUUCCCCGAAAAGGCCAUCCAGCGGGAACGCGGCGUCAUCCUCCGUGAGAUGGAGGAGGUGCAAGGUAUGAUGGAAGAAGUGAUAUUUGAUCACUUGCAUGCAGCAGCAUUCCAAGGCCAUCCACUAGGGGACACAAUAUUAGGUCCUGAAGAGAAUAUUAGGUCCAUCUCUAAGAAAGACUUGGAACAGUAUAUCUCAACUCAUUAUACCUGUCCUCGAAUGGUUGUAUCUGCUGCUGGAAGUGUCAGUCAUGAUGAAGUUGUUGAUCAGGUGAAAGAAUUAUUCGCAGAAUUCUCCACUGAUCCAACUACUGCUGAUCAGCUUGUCGAGGCGAACCCAGCUAUUUUUACUGGAUCUGAGGUUCGUGUAGAAAAUGCAGAGUUGCCUCUAGCACAUGUUGCAAUAGCUUUCAAAGGCGCAUCAUGGACUGACCCUAGCUCCAUUCCCCUUAUGGUGAUCCAAAGCAUAUUGGGAUCCUGGUACAGGAGCAUUGGGGUUGGGAACUGCUCAGGGUCUUCUUUAGCUCGUGGUAUCAGCAAUGCUAACUUAGCUGAGAGCCUCAUGGCGUUCAAUACUAACUAUCGGGACACAGGAAUAUUUGGCAUUUAUACUAUUGCUCCGCCUGACACCCUGCAUGACUUGUCACGGUUAAUAAUGGCGGAGUUUAGAAGACUUGCAUCCCAAGUGUCAGAAACAGAGGUUGCUCGUGCCCGCAAUCAGCUGAAAUCUGCUCUGUUACUUCACAUGGAUGGAUCCACCGCAGUUUCUGAGAAUAAUGGUCGCCAGAUGUUAACUUAUGGGCGAGUCAUGCCGUUCCUAGAGCUUUUUGCACGCAUUGAUGCUGUUGACUGUGCUACAAUAAUGGAAACUGCCAAGGAGUACAUAAUUGAUAAGGAUGUUGCUCUGGCUGGAGUGGGACAGCUCACGAAUUUGCCAGAGCUUAGUUGGUUUCGCUCGGAAACAUGUUCUGAUGAUGAUUUUACUCGAAGAAUAUUCUUUGGGAAUGCAAAAUAG